AUCGAUUUAUGUAGUCGAUGUUUUUCUUGAUGGCACAUGUGACGAUUUACAUUCGUGUUUGAAUCUUCAAUGAACUGACGUGUAUUUUUCCCAUUCAUCGAUGAUGUUUAUCAUUAACAAUUGCUCCCGGUGAUGAUGGAUUAUUUACAACUGGAUCGAGAAACAAUUGAGAGUUAAUAUUGUGACGAGUUGUUUCGUGGCAAGAGAUAUUGACAAAAUAUUGGAGAACAAUUGCAUCAUAAAUUCUCUGGAAAAUGAAGAUUCUCAUGAUUUUGUUGGUUGUUUAUUUAUUUGGAGCUCUUGGGGGCAAUUGUGAGAACAAAUCGACAGCUUUUGUUGCCACGACCGAGUGGCAGACUGUCAGAAAAGGACAGUCAAUACCCAAAGGCCUCCACGUGAGACACAAUUUGAAGACAAAAGUGAUUCAGGCGAAAUUAUUCGAAGACGAUAACGAUAAUCAAGAGAAUAAUGACGACGAGAAAAUAAAAUCAUUGUCUUUGCAUUCGGAUGCAGUUCUGCAUGAUGCAGCCAAUGAUUUGGUGUUGUCAAUUGACGAAUUGAAGGAGAAACUCAAGAAAAUUAAAUUGGAGACCAGAGAGGAUGCUGAUUCAUUGGCCCAUAAGGAAGAGGUGAAAAAGGCAUUCAGGAGUUACGAAGACAUAAAAGAGGACUUCAAGGCCCUGGAAAUGAAUAUCACGACUGAUUCUGAAAUUCUCACUGAUAUUUUUAAUAAAUUCAAGAAUUACGAGAAGUCUCUGGCCUCUGGAAGUCUUCUGAGGUCUGAAGCCGAUGCAGUUCUCCAGAUUUUUAAUGAUCUGGAGUUUUUGCUUCAUCAGAUCGAUAAUGCACAGGUGUUUGCCGAUUUAGGGGGGAUGGAGAAGAUAAUCUCGCCCUGUCUGAACAUAACGAACGACGACGUGAAGAUUGAGGCCCUGAUAAUCCUGGGGACAUCAGUCCAGUCGAAUCCCAAGGUCCAGCUGAGGGCCACGAACGCAGACCUAGUGCAGAAGCUGCUGCACACCUUGACAGUCUCCAGUAAAGUAUCUCUGGAUUCUCGCUGCAUGUUCGCCCUGGGAGCCCUAGUCCGUCAAUUUCCAGCUGCCCAGAAGGUCCUCAUCGAUCACGGAGGCCUGGAGCUCUUCGGUAAAAUCCUGGAGGACGGCGCCAGUCAAAUCCAGGUACGAGUGAUGAAACUCAUCACCGAUCUCUCGAUUGAACGUGAGAACAUAAAAAAUACAGAGGACGAGGCUCUCAGGACCCUGAAGACGAGGGAAUACGAGAAGACUGAAUUCGAGAAGAAAUUGCAACUCCACAAUUACUGCAAGUACUUGACUAUUUUAAUCACUCAGAAGUACACGGAUGACGUGAUGCCCCAGGAUUUUCUGGAAGUCAUCCUCGAGAAUUUGAUAACUCUCAGUGGAACCUGCAGGAACGAGUUUCGAGAUCCUGAGAACUCUUUAAUUAAUACUCUCCAGAAACUGGAGGGAUUCUACGAAAAUCUGAGACAGGGAACAGGCCUUGAGGACCUCGAGACCUGGGAAAAUUUGUACAAACAGAUAUUGAGACUCAAAUCUCUCGUCUUUGAAGUUCACGAUGAAUUGUAAAUUGCGGUAGACUGUGGAAUAAUUUUUAUGCUCAAUAAAUAUUUGAUUAAUUUAAUACAAGGCAUUGUCUUGGAUUUGGGAAUGUUAAUUAUCCAUUUUCUAUGAAUAAUCUUUGAUUUUUUAAGUCACAGACUCACAUAGUUCCUUUAUUUACAAAUCCAUUGUGUCAAUUACUCACAUUUCCAUUGUUUCAACUAAUGAAUUACAAAAUUUAUCUUGAGUUGAGAAAAUACGAAAUUUGGUAUAAAGUCAAAUUUAGGUGAAAUAAUCGAAAAUGCACGUCAAAUGGCAAAAUAAAUUGUGCAUUCUCGUCAAUAUUUACAGUCCUCAUCCAUGCACUCGCAUUAUCCAAUUUAUAUAAAUUUUUUAAUGAAUAAUGUCAAGAAAUUUAACGCAUUAUUUCGAUUUUUCAAAUACUUCUCAUGGAAAUCAACACCGGAUUCUUCAAAUGCUCUCCAACACGAUUUUUUUUUUAUUUAUACAGAAAAAUUAGACUAUGAAAAUCGACUAACAA